AGCUUCACACCUUCUGCCUCAGUGCAGUCACCGAGCGUCUAUGCGCAGUCGUCUGCUCCUCGCAGGUGUGGGCAGCUCGCAAACGCGCUCGAGAGCCCCCUUCAACUACCAUGUACAACUUUGACACCUUGUCCGGAAGCCUACACCGCCCAGGCUGCACACAUCAUCAGCUAGAGCGGCGCUGUGCCCGUAUCCAGCGCCCCCUGGGAGCCUGACCGUCCUUCACCUUCCAUCGCAAGUUCAUCCACGACCUUGCGUCUGCAUCUACCAACCAAAGCGCGGCCUGCCAUUGGCCUUGAUCCGCGAUGGCGCACCUGCAAGGAGUCCCUACUCACUCUUCAUGCUCAUCGCGCUGGCCAUGUCUCAUGUGGCGGCGGUCCACGCGCCAAGCUCACCAUCUACCUGACGUGCUCAGCUUAAAUCUGCCCAGGCGCCUCCAGUCAUUGUCACCGCCUUACCAGUACAAGAGAAAGCGCUUUGGCCACAUCGGCGCAAGCUCGAGAUUUUGCAGCUCGAAGAUCCACCGCAGGCGUGCGUGCUGGGGAGAGCCGAUCCGGGAGAGGAAGGCAGUCAAGCCUCUUCUCGUACAUCGAGGGGAAGCGGGAGUGACUCGGAGAAGUCGAAGAGAUCCACCAGCGUCAUCGCCGACUUUCAACAAGAUGGCCGCCAUGUUCACGGACAUCACGAUGGCCUACUGCAAGCGCACUUUGGAGCUGCAGAAGACCGUCAUGAAGGCAAGAUCACUCGGUCACAACAUCCCCGCGGGCCGCCAAUGGUAUUCUCGCGUCACGAACCGGUUUACCAAGGAGUCAGCGGAGGUGUCGAGCGGGAAGUUCAGGACGCAGAACGAGCUGCUGAGGCUGAAGCCUUGGAUAAGGCACUGCGCGCUGUGACUGCUGCCGAGCAUGUCGACCUCAACAAGGCAAUUUGGGCAGCGAUUAGUCUUUGCAAUCAUCAC